GUGGCAGAUGAGUGAGAUUAUCCACGACUACGCAAGAGCAACCUACCGGUGGUUACCGUACACAGGCGAUUCAGACGGAGCGAACAGGUUGCUGGCUAGUAGAAAAUGGGCAACGUUGACUCCAAACUAAACUUCAGAAAAGCUGUGAUACAACUGACAACCAAAACACAGCCCGUGGAGGCUACGGACCAUGCCUUCUGGGACCAGUUCUGGACGGAUACUGCCACUACUGUCCAGGAUGUGUUUGCUCUGGUGCCGGCAGCGGAGAUACGAGCUGUCAGAGAAGAAUCUCCCUCCAAUCUGGCAACCCUCUGUUACAAGGCAGUGGAGAAGCUAGUCCAGGGGGCUGACUCUGGUUGUCCCUCAGAGAAGGAGAGACAGAUCGUCCUGAGCUGCAUCCGUCUGCUCACACGUAUCCUACCGUAUAUCUUUGAGGAUGCAGACUGGAGAGGCUUCUUCUGGUCCACCGUGCCUGGUGCUGGGAGAGCUGGGGAUGAAGGUGAUGAUGAUGAUGGAGCGAGGCCCCUGGCUGAGUCUCUCCUCCUGGCUGUAUCUGACCUGUUUUUCUGUCCAGACUUCACCGUCCAGAGCCACAAGAGGACAGGCUCGGACACAGCGGAGGACAUGCAGUCCAUAGACAGCUGUGAGUACAUCUGGGAGGCAGGGGUGGGGUUCGCUCAGUCCCCCCCACUCAACUACACCCACGACCUCAACAGGACGGAGCUGCUGAAGCUGCUGCUGACCUGUUUCUCUGAGACCAUGUACCUGCCCCCCUCUGCUGACAACAACAUCCUCAACCCCUGGGUUACCUUCUUCUGCGCUACAGACAACAGACAUGCCCUGCCUCUCUUCACGUCUCUCCUCAACGUGGUGUGUGCCUAUGACGCAGUGGGUUACGGUAUCCCCUACAAUCACUUGAUGUUCUCUGACUACAGAGAGGUGUUGGUGGAGCAUGCUGUCCAGAUCCUCAUAGUGACUCUGGAGCACGAGGCCGGGCCAGCCGCAGCCCAACACAGCCUGGACCACUCCGCCUCCGUCAUGGAGGACCUAGAGCCUGUGGGACCAGACAACCUGUUUGUAAACUACCUCUCCAGGAUCCAUAGGGAGGAGGACUUCAGCUUCAUUCUGAAGGGUCUGGCCAGACUGAUGACCAACCCUCUGAUCCAGACCUACCUGCCGAACUCAGCCAAGAAGAUUCACUUCCACCAGGAGCUACUGGUGCUCUUCUGGAAGCUCUGUGACUUCAACAAGAAGUUCCUGUUCUUCGUGUUGAAGAGCAGUGAUGUUCUGGAUGUCCUGGUGCCCAUCCUGUUUUACCUGAAUGAUGCACGGGCUGACCAGUCUCGUGUGGGCCUGGUACACAUCGGUGUGUUUAUCGUGCUGCUGCUGAGUGGAGAGAGGAACUUUGGUGUGCGUCUGAAUAAACCCUACUCUGUACGAGUCCCCAUGGACAUCCCUGUGUUCACUGGAACACAUGCUGAUCUGCUCAUAGUGAUCUUCCACAAGAUCAUCACUAGUGGACAUCAACGCCUGCAGCCCCUCUUUGACUGCCUGCUCACUAUCGUAGUGAACGUGUCUCCUUACCUGAAGAGUCUGUCCAUGGUGGCAGCUAACAAGCUGCUCCACCUCUUGGAAGCCUUCUCCACCAACUGGUUCCUCUUCUCCGCCUCCCAGAACCACCAUCUUGUCUUCUUCCUGCUGGAGGUCUUCAACAACCUCAUCCAGUAUCAGUUUGAUGGUAACUGUAACCUGGUGUACGCCAUUAUCCGUAAGCGUAACAUCUUCCACCAGCUGGCCAAUCUGUCCUCUGACCCAGCCACCAUCCACAAGGCCCUGCAGAUGAAGAAGAGGAAGAAGACUACCACAGCCGUUAUCUCCCGUAUCAACUCCCAGGAGACCGUCUCCAUGGAGGGGUCCCGACCGGCCGUCCCAGCUGAGCCAGGGACACUCAAAGCCAGUCUCGUGGCCAUACCAGCUAUUGACAAGCUGACAGAGAAGGCUCAGGUCUCUGAGGAUGGCACCAUGGUCUGUCUUCAGGACAUGACCACUGACCAAAACGCCCACUCUCCCCAACACACCCACUCUCCCCAACACACCCACUCUCCGCAGUCCUCUGCCGCUGACACCAGUGGUAUAGCUGGAGCCAGCGACACAGAGUCCAACUCGGGGAGAGAUAACGAGGAGGCCUUUCAACCAGAGUCAGAGCUGGCCAGAAGUCGUUUGUCCAGUGUAUCAUCAUCAGCUAUGAACUGGAACCCCACUCCAGACUGGGUCCAAUCCUGGAAGAGUAAGCUUCCUCUCCAGACUAUCAUGAGGCUGCUACAAGUUCUGGUUCCUCAGGUGGAGAAGAUCUGCAUAGACAAGGGUCUGACCGAUGAGUCAGAGAUCCUGAAGUUCCUGCAGCAUGGAACCCUGGUGGGCCUGCUGCCUGUACCUCACCCCAUCUUAAUCAGGAAGUACCAGGCCAACGCGGGCACCGCCAUGUGGUUCCGCACAUACAUGUGGGGAGUAAUCUACCUACGUAAUGUGGAUCCCCCGAUCUGGUAUGACACUGACGUCAGACUGUUUGAGAUUCAGAGGAUCUAAGUGGAGCUGGUGAACAGGUCUCUACGACUGCGACCCAAAUGGCACCCUAUCCUGUUCAUAGUGCACUACUUUUGACGAGCCCUAUGGGCCCCUGUAAAAAGUAGUGCACUACAUAGGGGGUAGAACGCCAUUUGGGAAGCAGAAAACGUCUCUCUGGACUGGCUGGUUCGCCCUCGGAACCACCAACCGCUCUCUCACCAACUGCCAUUUUCAAACCUGAACAGAAGUGUGGAAGAGGAGGAUGAGGAUUUUCACCAGACACACCUGUUCUAGAAAACAGGAAUUUACAGUGUUUGUUUUCUCUAUUUUGUUUAUUGCGAAGUGCCAACACGUAGAACAUGUAACAAACCACUGUCACUAAACCACUUUUCCUACAAGCUGUCUGCUACUACAACUGCCAGAAGAUCUGUCAUAUUAACCCUCUUCUAGUCAUGUAUUGGCAGCUUUCCAAGGGUAUAUUCCUUCAUUUAACUUGAUGUGUAUUUUCUUUUUUUUUGCCAAACAAAUACAUGUAGACACUACUGUAUGUACACUUCCGUACAUAAGUUUGGGGUCACUUAGAAAUGUCCUUGUUUAAAAAAUAAAA